GGCAUUUUACACAAGAUAAUUCUGUUUGAAUGAUACUAGCAAUGUUUUUUGAGAGAAAUAAACUAUAAUGAGUAAUGGGUUGGAGAUUGUUUACCUUGCUGAAAGGUGUUACCUAACCAGCAACAACAAAGAAAAAGAUCAUGUGGUCGGGUACAGGUGGAGCUUAGGCCCCUGGCCUCAGAUGCAGUGCGGUAGAACAGUGGGAUGAUGAUCUUCGAGGUGAGGCCGCUGAAAUUGUAGCGCAUAUUUGUGGAGGUCUGUACUUAUACAGGAGACACUCUAAAAGUGUCCGAGGAGCAAGGUGGCAGAACUCUGGCACUACUCCAAGAAAUGUUGUCUAUAUAGUAUCAUGGACUAUAGCAUGGUACCAUCCCUGUUGUACCCCCCUGACUGAUAAUUGGAUAGAUCAGAGCACUUGGGACAAGCCUUAGCCAAUCAGAAUGGACAGCGAGGAUGAACAUGAGGGGGAUCACCCCUCCACUGAGGCCUCUCUCACAGGCUUUCUGUUUGGAAACAUUGAUGAGAAGGGAGAGCUGGAAGAGGACUUCUUGGAUGAGGAAUCUAAGCGUCAUCUGGGGGGUCUGACAACACUGGGUAUUGGUUCCAUGGUUAAGGAGAUUACAGAAGACCGAGGCUCUGAUGAUGACCAAGGAAGCUUUGCCGAUGACAAAUCUAUGCUCUCGUUUGACUAUGGGAGCAAGUCCGAAACAGCGGUGGACUACUCUGAUAUCACAGAGACAGUGGAGGAUGACACAGAGGACAGGAAAAUACGAGAUUUCAUGUCCACUGUUAGUCUGCCCAGACAUGAUGAUGAUGAUGAGGAUUAUGACCAGGAACCCCAGGCUGACACCAAACUCAUGCCGCCACCCUCAUGGCUGCCGCCCCGGUCCACCGGGCCUGGGCACAUUGGGGCUGGGGGGGAUGUUGUGAAAACUGAGGGAGCCCUCCAGACAGAAGCACAGGCUAGGGAGGCCGUACUGACUGGUAACGCUGAGGCCCAGAACCUCAACACCCCUCUGGCGGCAAUGUUACCCCCAGAGCUGAGGAAAGUGGAUGUCACAUCCUUGUUCCCGGAGUUCAAACCAGGCCAGGUGCUACGGUUCUCUCGGCUGUUUAAACCAGUUCACGUACCUCACCUGUAUAGACGACGAAAACGAAAGAAAAGUCCAGAAGAGGAGGCGACUAAAGAUGGUGUGAAAGAAGAGAAAAUAGUGAAGGAGGAUGAGAAAACUCCUAAAGAUGAAAGUAUGGAGCAGAAAGGUGGGGAAGGGGUGAACUCCAGUGGGACUGUAUCUGAAGAGGGUAUGGGGAUGACCAGCACCCCUAUUAAGAUGGAGGUGAGGGAGGGGGAGGAAGCUGACGACGAGAUGGAAGAAGAGGAGGAGGUGGUGCUGAAACUGAACAUGGGCAGGGAGGCUUUACCAGAGGAAUGUAUGCCUGAUGAUGAGUUAACAAUGUUAGAGUCUGUGGAGAAGACAACUGCAAGUGAUAAUCAAACCCCUAGUGGAGAUAACGACCAGAAAAUGAGGGUGGCGCCAUGGCGAUAUGGCCCCGCCCAGUUGUGGUAUGACAUGCUUGGAGUGGAUGAGACAGGCGAAGGAUUUGACUAUGGCUUUAAGCUGAAAUCUGAAAGAACAGAUGAGACUGAAGUGAAAGCUGAACCGGAAUCAGAAGAGGAAAAUCCAGACACGAAGAUUGACUUUCCAGAUGAAGCAUUUCAGAUGGUCACUCAGGUUCAGUGGGAAGAUGACAUCAUCUGGAACUCUGAAGACGCCAAACAGAAAGUGCUACAAUCUCAGAAGCUGAGGGCUGUGGCUGCUGGAUGGAUCCCCAGCACAAACUUCAGGACUGCCACACAGUUCAUUCAACAUGCCAGAGCACAGAGUGGCUUAGGUACACGAUCUACAAUGAAACAUGGAGGGUUCUUGAAAGAGAGCUCUGAUCUGAAGGAUGGUGUGUGGUAUUCUAUCUUUCCCAUUGAGAAUGAAGCCUUGGUCUAUGGCAACUGGGAAGAUGAUAUCAUCUGGGAUGCAGAGAAUAUGGACAGGAUCCCGUCCCCAAAGGUUCUUACCCUGGAUCCUAAUGAUGAGAACAUCAUCUUGGAGAUCCCUGAAGACCGGGAUCCCAAACAACAACCAGAACCUGCCAAGAAGGAAAAGGAAGUGAAGAAGUCUAAGAUCCUGUUGGGGAAGGCUGGUAUCCUGAAAGAAGAUGAAGAAAAAGAAGAUGAUGACACUUCCUCAGUACAGAGUAAGGACCCCUUCAAUCUGUCCAAUGAUGAGUAUUACAACCCCAAACUAACCACAGACACAGCACUGAGGACCAACAUAGGGGGUAGUCUGCAGCACUCCACCCCAAGUCUUGAGCUUCGUCAGCCGUUCUUCCCCACCCACAUGGGACCCAUGAAGCUGAGGAACUUCCACAGGGCACCGCUGAAGAAGUACUCGCAUGGGGCCUUGUCUCAGGCAGGACCCCACCCAGCUCUGCCCCUGCUCAAACAGAUCAAGAGAAAGGCCAAGAUGCGAGAACAGGAGCGUCAGGCGUACGGGGGAGGGGACAUGUUCUUUAUGAGAACUCCACAGGACCUAACAGCCAUGGACGGUGAGCUGAUCCUGGCUGAAUACUCGGAGGAAUAUCCGCCAAUCAUGAUGCAGGUUGGCAUGGCAACAAAGGUUAAAAACUAUUACAAGAGGAAACCUGGCAAGGAUAACAACCCUCCACAGUUUAACUAUGGGGAGUUAGCAUAUGCGCACACGUCGCCUUUCCUGGGGAAUCUGUACCCGGGGCAAUGCAUCCAGGCUUUUGAAAAUCACAUGUUUAGAGCCCCGAUCUUUGAACAUGAUCUCCCGUCAACAGACUUCCUCAUCAUUCGCACCAGACAGCACUUCUUCAUUAGAGAAGUUAAUAAUAUCUUCACUGUGGGUCAGCUGUGUCCAUUAUAUGAGGUCCCAGGACCAAACUCAAAGAGGGCCAACAACUUCAUUAGGGAUUUUCUUCAGGUAUUCAUCUAUAGGUUGUUUUGGAAAAGUAAAGAUAAUCCACGGCGUAUAAAGAUGGAUGAUAUUAAGAAGGCAUUUCCGUCCCAUUCAGAAAGCAGUAUUAGAAAGAGGCUGAAGCUGUGUGCUGACUUCAAGAGAACUGGUAUGGACUCUAACUGGUGGGUGCUGAAGCCAGACUUCAGAUUGCCCACCGAGGAGGAGAUGAGGGCGAUGGUCUCCCCUGAACAGUGUUGUGCCUACUAUAGUAUGCUGGCUGCAGAGCAGAGGCUGAAGGAUGCUGGGUAUGGGGAGAAGUCAUUAUUUGCUCCAGAGGAUGACAAUGAAGAAGAGACACAGAUGAAGAUAGAUGAUGAGGUGCGGACAGCUCCGUGGAAUACAACACGAGCUUAUAUCUCUGCCAUGAAGGGGAAGUGCCUGCUGUCUCUGACAGGUGUGGCUGAUCCCACAGGGUGUGGGGAGGGCUUCUCCUAUGUCAAGGUGCCCAACAAACCCCAGCCUAAGGAGGACAACAAAGACACCCCUGUGAAGAGAACCGUGACGGGAACAGAUGCCGAUCUCCGCAGGCUUAACCUCAGAGAUGCUAGAGGUUUCCUCAAGAAAUUUGGUGUGCCAGAGUCUGAGAUCAAGAAGUUGUCCAGGUGGGAAGUGAUUGAUGUGGUCAGAACUAUGUCCACAGAACAGGCUAAAGCUGGGCAGGAAGGAAUGAGCAAGUUUGCCCGAGGGAAUCGCUUCUCUGUAGCAGAACAUCAGGAGAGAUACAAGGAAGAGUGUCAGAGGAUAUUCGACCUUCAGAACAAAGUGCUGUCCUCUAAUGAAGUCCUCUCUACGGAUGAGGAUUCGAGUUCUGGUGAGGAUUCUGAGUUUGAAGAGAUGGGCAAAAACAUAGAAAACAUGCUGGCAAACAAGAAGACAAGUUCACAGUUGAGUUUAGAGAAGGAAGAAGCUGAGAGAAGAGAACUACAGAAGAUGUUGAUGGGAGAAGAUACGGGUAAAGACAAAGACAAAAAAGGAGGCAAAGGGGGAAUCCCUGUUAAGGAUGACGACGCACUGGCUCUCGGGGGAACGGGUGGCAAGAUUUUGAAGAUCACUCGAACAUUCAUGAACGAGAGUGGAAAAGUGUACACAAGGGUGGAGAUUGUGAGGAAGCCUGUUAUCAUUGACACCUAUGUGAGAAUCAGGCAGACAAAGGACCCUAACUUUAUAAAACAGUUUGCUACUCUGGAUGAGCAGCAAAAGGAAGAGAUGAAGAGAGAAAGGAGGAGGCUACAGGAGCAACUACGAAGAAUCAAACGGAACCAGGAAAGGGAAAAGUUUGCUCCACCUCCUCCAAAGAAAAAGAAGAAAAAAGAAACUCCAUCGGUAAAGUUAAAGUGUGGGGCAUGUGGUCAGAUUGGUCACAUGAGGACUAACAAGGAGUGCCCACUGUAUCACCGUGCCGGCCCAACCGCACCCGUCCAGGUAGCCAUGACAGAGGAGCAGGAAGAGGAAGAAGAGAUGGCCCUACCCACAGAGAACGAUCUCAUGAAUAUUGAUGGCACCAAAAUUAAACUCUCCAAGAGGGUCGUGGAACACCAUGAGAUGAUCCGCCGGCAGUCCUUGGUGCUGAAGUUCCCUAAACAGGCCAUGGAGACCAAGAGAAGGCGGCGAGCUGGCACUGUCAUACACUGUGACUACCUCAAGAGACCCAGUCAGUCCUCUAACCGCAGAAGAACUGACCCAGUGGUCACCCUGUCCAGUAUCUUUGAAGGCAUCCUGAAUGAGAUGCGGGAUCUGCCCAAUACUCAACCAUUCCUGUUUCCAGUCAAUGCUAAGGCUGUACCAGACUACUACAAGAUCGUGAAGGAACCUAUGGACCUCCAGACUCUCAGAGAGGGCCUUAGGAGUAAAAAGUAUAGAUCCAGAGAGGACUUCCUAUUGGAUGUAAAUCGGAUUGUUCAGAACAGUAAGAUAUAUAAUGGAGGGAAGCACCUGAUAACACUAGCAGCUCAGUCAAUGUUGGACAUGUGCCUGAAGAGAUUUGCUGAGAAAGAAGAAAAACUAAUGCGCUUGGAAAAAGCCAUUAACCCUCUGUUGGACGAUAAUGAUCAGGUGGCAUUCUCGUUCAUACUGGAGACAAUUCUCACAGAGAAGAUGAAGACUGUGGAAAAUUCUUGGCCGUUCCAUCAGCCUGUCAACAAGAAGUUUGUAAAGGACUAUUACACAUGUAUCAAACAGCCCAUGGAUCUGGGAACAUUACUGAAGAAUGUGUGCAGCCAUAAGUACCACACCCGUGAACAGUUCAUGGCAGAUGUGGAGCUGAUCUAUAAGAACUCCGCCCAGUACAAUGGGCCUGAUGGGGCUCUCACCCAGACGGCCAAGAGGAUUGUAGAUGUGUGCCGGGAGACCCUACAGGAGAACGAUGAGACAUUAACAACACUGGAGAAAGAUAUUAAGGCUGCCCAGGAGGCGGCCUUGGACGCCGUGGAAACGGACAGUGUCAUGACUGGCACCUCUCUCAACUAUGAUGAUAGCUUCUUAGGUAUGGACAAUGAGAGUCUGGGCAGCAUGUCCAAUGCUAACAUCACCAUCAAUGAAGGCACAGCUGAUGGCACUGGGGAGAAGGACUCGUUUGAACAACAGAGCAGCCGAUUGGAGGAUGUGGAGUCUGACUUUGUAGAUGUAGAAGCUUUUGAUGACAACGCCAUGGAUAUGACAUUCAGCCAAAGGAGGAGAGUUUCACAACAGCUGGAUAGCUCUGGGCAGGAUAAUGAUGAGCUGGCCAAAGAUCUGCAGAUUACUCCAGAAAACACAGACAAUGAGAAGGAAGAUGAUGACGUCUUAGGCAAGCUUAGUGAGAGCGGGGAGAGUGACAUGGAGGAACAAGAUGCGUCUGAGCAAAUGGACUUCCAAUCUGCCGUCAGUAACCUUAGCAUGGAUGAGACGUCCCAGGACUAUAAUAUGACUGACGAGCAGUCAUAUUAUGGCAGCGACGCGCCUCGUGCACCCUUCUCCAUUCCUGCUCCGGACCAGGAUGACGAGCAAAGCUUUGACCCCUCUGACUUCUUCAUGAACAGCUCAUUGGCUAACCAGGCCGCAGCAGAGGCCAAUCAGCUGCAGGAUGAGGAGGACAGUAAUGCUGUCGGGGGUGCAGACAUCAACAAUGACCUGCAGGUGUCCGAGUCAGAUGAGGAGAGCGAUAAUGACAUGGGUGCUGCUGGUGAUAACCAAUCAGACGAUGGCUUUGAUAUUGACGAGUUCCUUAAAGCCUGAUGGUUUUCAUUUACCAUAACAUUGGACAGGGAGUAGAUAGGGUCUGAUAUCAACAGUAUGAAAGUAUGCAUGUUGUAGGUAUUUGGAGUUGUAUUAAGGCCAGUUGUUCCAUUCUGUUGAGCACUGACUGUUAGGUCAGAUGUGUAACCACUGCCACAUUUCUCAUGCUUUAUCAUUAGCCUCACUGAAAGAUGAAUAAAUGAAUGUAUAAAGUGAAAAUUGACUUCAUAUUGGUGCAGAUUAUUGUAUUAAGCAUUGAUGUUUGAACUGAAAUGUACUUCUAGAUAGGAUUCCUAGUUUUCUUAGAGAUACCUAUUUAUGGACAGUGUGAGUAUGUGAAAUAUAUGCUCAGAAUGUAUUAUUUUUCAUGCAAGUCACAGUUGUUAUCCCCUGCUUAAGUUAGUCAGUUUUUGAGAAACGUUCUCAAGCAAUGAUAUCGAAUGGUAACGAUUUCAUGAUCGACUAGUGAUAAGUUAGUCGUCUUACGAGAAACGCUCUCAUGCACUGUCAGAUGUUAACCAUUUCAUGACCAGUGAGAUCUUGUACUGCUCU